GCAGUCGAGCUGGUCGCCGUCCUCCAUGUCGAUGUCGGCGGGCGUCUGGUCGCCGCGCACGCGCGAGCCGUCGAAGAGGAAGCGCAGGGAAGUCGCCGCGACGCCCUUGCGCGUCGAGUACGCGUUGAAGACCUUGUCGAGCUUCGUCGUCUUCUUGACCUUGAAGAAGGUCUCCUCGCCCGUCUGGUCGCGGAUGCGGAUGUUGAGGCUGCCCUCGCCGCCCUCCUUCUUCUCGGGCUUCUUGUCCUCCGAGUCGGCCAUCGCUUUGUCGCCGCUGCUGUCUCUCUCUGCGCGUUCCGCCGCGGUCCGUGUCUGCGUGGGGCGUCGCGUCGUUUCCGCGGUCCUGCGGCGCUCUCUGCCGUCGGCGCCGGCUGUUCGAUGACGGUCAGCCAUUGCGGUCGCCCCGCCGUCGCCGCGCCGGGCGCGCUGCGAGUCAGGUCUGUCCCUCCUUGCUCUGCGCUCCGCUCAGGCGCCGCGGAGGGCUCGGCGCUCUCGCGCAGCCGUCUAGAUCACGUCUGCGACGUUAAAAUUUUGAACUGGCCGGUAGAGGCGCUGCUACGUGCGCAAAAUGCC